AUGUCAAUUGAAAAUUUAAAGAAACUUUUACAAAGUUAUGAUUUUGAAAAUUCCGGUGAUUUAAACAAAAUGGAAUGGAUAAAAUUAUGUUCAAAUUCAACCAUUAAUAUAUCCAGUGAAUUAUCAUUAACAUUGUUCAAUGAACUUGAUACAGAUAAAGAUGGAUUAAUUAAAAUAUCAGAUAUAUUACAAGAGUUACAAAUAUGGGAAGCAUCAAAUCAACAAAAUUUCAAUUUGAAUCAAUUGGAGAGAAUGGAUAGUAGUCAGAAUGGAAAUGAAUUGAAAAAUGAAGAAUUAAUUUUCAAAGAAGCCAACAAUGAUUCUGUUAGAAAUCAGGCAGAUCAACAACAGCUAAGAAGAUUGUCCAAAUCGAAUAUUAUAAAAGCAAAUCCAAUCAUCUUGGAAAGACGUAAAAAUCGAAAUUCACUAAUUCCAUCGGAAAUAAUUCUACCAAAUGAAGGAAAUGAUCAGUGGCUGCCUAAAAAAGAAAUUAAUCCAGACGGUUCGGAAGUUUUCACCACUACUCCUAUCGUUAGAACUCCCAGAUAUAGAAGUGUUUGUGAAUUAGAGAAUGUCAUAUCACAGAAUUAUCCAGAAUUGUUAAGUCCAUUUAAAACUGUUCUAAACGAUUUUCGAAAUGAGCUACUGCAAACUAAAAAGGAAAAAAUCGAUUUGGAAGAAACAUACAUGAAAGAAAAAGAGAAACGUAAAAGUGAUUUAUCUCGAUUAGAAGGUGAACUUGAAUCACAGAUUAAAUCAAUAGAGGAACGUGCCAAGUCUGAAGUACGUGAGAAGUUACAAAAUGAAUAUAGAACUCUUGUUUUGAACAAAGAACAAGAAAUCAUAGAAAUACGAGAACAAGUGGAAAGUUUACAACGUAAAAUUAAACAUCAUACUGCUAAUCAAUGUGAUUCAAUGAAUAGUCCUAUUAUACAGAAAAAAUUCACUGAUCCAAUUGAUCUAUCAAAUUCCAGCUUAACAGAUUUCAAAUCGUCCGUGGAUUCUCCUUUAACUUAUCAAUAUCAUGGUGAAAAUGUAGCACAGAAUUCUCAUAAAAUGGAAUUACAAAAUGUCUUAUCAAUUCUGGCGCAAAAAGAAUUUGAAUUGAAAACAUUGAAAGAUCAAUUAAUUCAACAAGAAGCACAGUUAACAAUGGAUAAACAUGAAUUAAUUAGUCAAGAAGAGGAGAAACAAAAUCUUUACUCUCAGUUAAAUGUUAUGAGAAAAACAAUGGAACGUUUAAAUAAAACAAACGACUAUCUAUGUUCAGCGUUGCAUCGUGAAUCAAUUCGUAGACGAAGUAGAAUAUCUCAAUCGAGUGCUUUCUCGGAAUUUGUGGAACAAAGUGAUAAUAAUGAAAUCAAUCUACAACCGUGUGAUUUUUCAACACGAAUCACUUUCCCACUUGAACCGUACGAAUUUGAUAGUUUGGAGAAUAUUCUGCCACUUCAACGCCAACAAAAUCAUCUCGAUUCCACAUGUCGACGCUCAGAUUACUCUAGUGAGAAUAUUAGUAGCGUCAGUGGUUCCCAUUAUGAUAAAAAUGAGUUUAUAACUCUCGAAAAUACCACUGAAGAACAACAGCACUUGACAGGAACUUUAACACCAACACGUAUAUUUAAAGUAAUUUUAGUCGGGGAUUCUGGUGUUGGCAAGUCUAGUUUCUCAUAUCGAUUUUGUGAUGGAAUAUUUUAUCCACAACUUAGAGCUACUUUAGGAGUUGAUUUUCGAACAAAAAAUAUUCAAAUGAAUAAUGCACUGUAUACUAUUCAAUUAUGGGAUACUGCUGGACAAGAGACAUAUCGUUGUAUUGUUCGUUCUUAUUUCCGUAAAAUUGACGGUGUCGUUUUAAUGUAUGCAGUUGAUCAACCUGAAACAUUUGCAAAUAUCAAAUAUUGGAUGGAAAUGAUAAAAGAAUCAACAAGUGAAGUGAAUGUUCCGAUUCUUCUAGUCGGUAAUAAAAUUGAUUUACGCAAUGCCAGCAGUAACACUGUUAAAGAAAGUAAUAAUAGCAAUGUAAAACAAGUUGGAUCGCUUAAGCAUAUCACCCAUGAAAUGGGUGCCAAUGUAGCUAAAUUACACCAUAUUUCAUUCAUUGAAACAAGUGUAUUAAGCAAACAUAAUAUCACUGAAGCUAUUGAACUACUCACACAAGAGAUGAAAUUGAAUGAAGAUAAACAAGUUGCAGUUGUCACAUUGACUAAUUCCUCGUCAGCAUCAUUGAAAAGAAACACAAUUGACAGAAGGCGUGAUGCAAACAAAUCAACGUGUUGUACAUAAACUACAUACACAAUUAUUUACAUAUUAUCAAUGAAGACUUUCAUCAUUUGUAUGUUUCAAUUAAAAGAUACACAUCAAACUUUAUAGAAUUCGUAUGACAUUGAUGAGAAAAAAGAAUAUGAUGGAAUCGGUGUUAAUAAUUAUGACAGUUAAUAAUAAUAAUAAUGACAAUGGUCGAAUAUUAUUAGAUACAAAGUUAUUUGUCCAAUGCUCAUAUCCAUGACUCUAAUAGAUAAUCAAAUCAACAAAUUUAUCUGUCAUUCUAUGUAUCUGUUGAUUAGAUUCCCAUUUAAUACAACAAUAAAUUAAAACAAUAAGAUCAUUUAUUUCUAGUGUAUUUUUUUAAAAAAUUUUUAGUCAUUAAUGACACAAUAUGAAUGCACAUUGAUCACAUACUUGAAUUAUUUGUCAUUUCCCAUUUAGAAAUUGUAUUUGCUCUUGACAUGUGUACAUGCACACAUGAACAUACAUAAAAAGUUGUCAUCAUGGAGUGAACUUAGAACAAUAAUACUACAUAAACAAUAAUCAUACUCAUAACUCAUUUUUAUUUGAUUAUUUUGGUGUUUUGUUGCAAUUAUAACAAACAAUAUUGAUCUUUUCAAUGUUCCUAUAACCCGGCAACAUUAAAUUUUUAAUUUAUAACCAUUUUUUUGUUUUUAUCAUUGUUAUCAUUGCUUUUGGAGGUGUAUUAUUAUUUGUUUUUUCUAAAUAUAAAUUUAAUAUAAAUAAGAUCUAUCUGUGA